UUCGAAGAAGCGCCAUUUAUGCCGCCGUUUUAAUAAAUUUUUUAUUUUCCAAAAUAUGUUCACAAUGCUCCGAAACGAAAAGUUCAUAAAUAGUGAAAAUCAGCAGAAAAUAAAACAAUAAUCGUCUUUAUCAUUGUUUAUAAAAAUUCUUGAUUUUUUUAUUGUCGUUUGCAGUGAAAAUAGUAAAAUUAUUCAAGAACAGCUGAUGCGUAUAGGAAGUGCGUGAAGGAGACUGACAGUCCAUCAGUUAUCGUGUUCCUUUAUUGCUGAAAACAGUGGAAUAUCAUAAUACGAUUUAGAAAUGGGCGUGAGUGAAAUAAAUACAUGGGUUUUAAUCCGAAGAUACGAUAAGCUUGCCGAAAACGACACUGCCAAACUCGAAUCAAACUUACACGAGCUUAAUCUUACGACGGGCAUUUUUUCUGACGAUUUAAGAGCUAUGCUGUUCCGGUUGAUUGAUGGGGAGGACGAUGGUUCCAGGGUUCUGAAAAUUAGGAGACAGGACAAUAAUCUUAUUCCAUUAUCUACUUUGUUGAACGGCUCUGCAAAGGACAAGCCUUUCUUAAUUGAUGUCGUUGGAAUUCAUCAAUUUUGUCCUGUUGAAAAACGAACUGUGCUGCCUGGGUACAUAGAAGCCUUGAGAGUAAAAUUGGACAGUUUGGAACAGAGGGUGCUCCUUGCCGAAAAAACAGUGCCAACAUUAACAGAAGCUCGACUCCAAGCAGUGGAGGACGCAACUUCAAAAUUGGCGAAUUGUGUGAGCUUUUUGGACCGUAGGCUCGAUGAGUUAGCCCCACCGGACUGGAGAACUCGCGUUUGUUCUGGUAUCUGAGUAACAUGCGUUGAAAGUGAAUUUUGUCUGUAAACGCCGAAAAAUGUUGUCAUUGAUAUUGCGAAAUCGUGAAUUACAAUUGAACUCAUAAUAAGCUUUAAACCACUUACCAAAGAUAUUUCUAAGGACAUUCCUUUGUAUUUGUUCACUGUAAGAUAUAAUCACUGUUCGACAGUAUGAGAAUGAAAAAAUAAUAUAUGUCAGUUGAAAUGGUACUCAUUAAUGUGACACGUGGAAUGUACGAUAACGUUAUAAUAUAUUAAUUUUUUUCUUCUGCA